AUGUCUGCAACAUCUGAUCCAGCCCAGCUGUGGAUAGGUGGCAAGUAUUCGCCGGGCCAAGGAGAGUUAAUCCCCAUCGAGGACCCCUCUACAGGGACCAUCUUCGCCCACGCCCAGUCCGCCUCGCCCGCCGACGUCGAGCACGCCAUCAUCAUCGCCAACGCGGCCUUCAAAUCCGGCACCUGGUCCCGCGCCCCACGCCACCACCGCGCAGACGUCCUCGACCGCACCGCCACCCUCCUCACCGCCCACCUCCCCUCCCUCAUCGCCCUCGAGGUCCAGCAGACCGGCCGCCCCAUCCGCGAGAUGAACGCCCAGGUCCCCUCCCUCGUCCGCUGGUUCAAGUACUACGCCGCCCUGCUGCGCACCGAGGAGCGCGCCGUGCUUCCCACCGUGGGAAAACUGCACAACUGGGUCGACCGCGUGCCGCUGGGCGUCGUCGCGCUCAUCACCCCCUUUAACCACCCCCUCCUCAUCGCCGUGAAAAAGAUUGCGCCUGCCCUGGCUGCGGGAAAUAGCGUUGUCGUCAAGCCUAGCGAGCUGACUCCGCUGACGACCCUGAAGCUGGGCGAGAUCCUGGCCGAGGCUGGCGUGCCGGACGGGGUGUUCAGCGUGCUGCCUGGGUAUGGCGCCACCACGGGCAAGGCGCUGGUGAGCCAUGUGUUGGUGAGGAAAGUGGACGUCACCGGCGGCACUGAGGCCGGGAGGGCGAUUGGGAGUAUUGUGGGAGGCAACCUGGCGAGGUUCACGGCUGAGCUUGGCGGCAAGGCGCCGCUUGUGGUGUUUCAAGACGCGGAUAUCAAUGUUGCUGUGAAUGGGAUCGCGUUUGGGGCGUUUGUGGCCAGUGGACAGACUUGUGUGGCUGCCACGAGGAUCAUUGUGGACAAUAAGGUGAAGAACCAGGUCGUGGACAGGCUGAAGGCCAAGUGCGAGCUCAUCUUUCAGAACAUGGGCGCGCCGUCGAAUCCAGUGUCGAUGAUGGGCCCGCUGAUCUCCGAAAAGCAGCUAAAGAACGUCGAGACUCUCGUUCAGCAGGCUGUGGAGGGUGGCUUCGGGGUCACUGCCGUUGGAGGGUCCAGGCUAGGAGGGACGAGUUCUCUGGAUGGGACCGACUUUUCCAAGGGUUACUAUUACGCACCGACGAUACUCACAUCCACGGACGGCAACAAUAGUAUCCUCGACGCACGCAUCUGGAGGGAAGAGGCAUUUGGGCCUGUAGUUGUCGUUGUGGGCUUCGACAACGAGGACGAGGCCGUCCAGCUCGCCAACGACAGCAGCUUUGGCCUCGGGGCAGCCAUCUGGACAAAGGACCUCUCGCAGGCGUACCGAGUCUCGGAGCAGAUCGAGGCUGGGAUUGUCUGGGUCAACACGCACCACCGCAACGAUCCGAGCAGUCCUUGGGGUGGCGCAAAGACAGCGAGCGGUGUGGGCAGCGAGAAUGGUAUUGAUGCGUAUCGCGAGUAUACGACGAUGAAGAGCACUAUCAUCAACUUUGCGUCGGCUGAGGAAUCGUUGGCGUCGGAUGAUUGGUUUAGGGAGGGUGCGGGAACGGUGCGGUAUGGAUGA